UCAUAAACAAGCGCGUCGUGGGUUACAUUUUCUAUCGAUAAAAAUGCCUUAAAUUAACUGUCCUCUCAGCUGAUCAGGCAGUCUCGCCGCCAUUUUGAAAUUUUACUGAUAAAAGUUAGUUUAGAAUACGGACCUCUGUGCAAAAGUGUAAAAAGUGCAAGUAAACAUUUAGAUCUUUUUCAUGUAACGUAAUCAUUCCUGCGACAUUCCGUGCAGAAUACAGUGUUAUAUUGCGUCUAUUGCUGGAAAAUAUCCUUUAUUAACAAAAAUAGGAAAGCGGAAUGAAACAUGAAAAACAUUUGUAAUAUUCAAAAAAUCGCUUGUAGACCGAGAAAUGCGGCGGCUUUGCAAGAUAACGAAAAGAAAGGAGACGCUACGAAUUGGUGGCUCCUACUGGGCGGUAUAACUAUACUUACGUUAAUCACAAGAUUCUAUAAAGUUACGGAACCUCAGCAUGUCUGUUGGGAUGAAACUCAUUUUGGAAAAAUGGGCAAUUGGUACAUAAAUAGAACAUUCUUUUUCGACGUGCAUCCACCUUUGGGAAAGAUGCUUAUUGCUUUGUCUGGAUAUAUGACUGGCUACGAUGGUACAUUUGCUUUCGAAAAACCAGGAGACAAAUUUGAAGAUAUUAAUUAUAUCGGCAUGAGAAUUUUCUGCACAUCUUUAGGUGCGACCAUUGUUCCUCUGUCUUUUCUCAUCGUUUGGGAUCUCACCAAGUCCACUCGCGCUUCUUCACUUGCUGCUACUUUUAUUUUAUUUGAUGUAGGACUGCUGACGUUAAAUCAGUAUAUUCUUUUGGACCCGAUAUUGUUGUGUUUUAUGAUGUGCGCAACAUGGGGAAUGGCGCGUGUAGCGUCGCUUUACAACCGACCGUUUACACAGCCUUGGUGGUUGUGGUUGUCAUUUACUGGAGCUUCACUCGCGUGUACAAUUAGUGUGAAAUUUGUCGGGCUCUUUGUUGUUUUACUCGUGGGUUUUUAUACUGCGCAUGAGCUUUGGCGAGAAUUGGGAGAUCUGUCCAAUCCCAUUUCUUAUGUGGGAAAGCAUUUAUUAGCGAGAUGCCUUUGUCUCAUCCUCUUGCCGGUUUUACUUUACAUGCUAUUUUUUUAUAUUCAUCUUUCAGUUCUUAACAAAAGCGGAAGCGGCGAUGGGUUCUACAGUUCCGAAUUUCAAUCGCUAUUACGAGGGAAUUCGUUAUAUAAUGCAACCAUGCCGCGGCAAUUAUCCUACGGUGCCUCGAUUACGUUAAAGAAUCAUCGCACAGGCGGCGGUUAUUUGCAUUCUCAUUGGCACCUGUACCCCGAAGGAGUUGGCGCCAGACAGCAACAGAUCACGACCUAUUCUCACAAGGACGAUAAUAAUCUGUGGCUAGUGAAGAAAUUUGAUACAGAUGAGAUGCCGUCUGAAGCAGUGUUAGUGAAACAUGGCGACCUCGUUCGUUUGGAGCACGUAAUCACGAGACGGAAUUUACAUUCACACAAAGAAAUCGCACCAAUAUCGAAGAAACACUAUCAAGUUACUGGAUAUGGAGAAAACGGUACAGGUGAUGCUAAUGAUGUCUGGAAGAUAUUGAUAACGAAUGGAAAGGAUGGUGAUGUGGUGGAGACGGUAACAAGUAAAUUGAAGUUUGUGCAUUAUCUUCAUCAUUGCGUACUAACUUGCAGUGGCAAGACGUUGCCAAAAUGGGGAUACAAUCAACAAGAAGUUUCUUGCAAUCCAAACAUGAGAGACAGAAACGCGUUAUGGAAUAUAGAAGAUAAUCAGUAUGCCAAAUUACCAAACGUUAGUUUUCGAGUGUACGCACCAGGAUUCAUUGACAGAUUUCUGGAGUCACAUGCCGUAAUGCUGCAAGGGAACUCUGAUCUAAAAGUGAAGGAAGGAGAGGUGUCCUCGCGACCGUGGCAGUGGCCGAUCAAUUAUAGGGGGCAAUUUUUUUCCGGAAAUAAUCAAAGGAUAUAUCUACUUGGAAAUCCCGUUAUUUGGUGGGGAAACAUAGUCUUCCUUAUAGUGUUCAUAAUUCUUUAUGUGUGUUCUGCUGUGCGUGAACAAAGAGGCUAUGUUGAUGACGCUGUUGAACAACGAAGCAGAAUAACACAUGCUGGCAAAUGGAUCUUUCUUGGGUGGAUUUUGCACUAUGCACCAUUCUGGGCGAUGAGUAGAGUGCUGUACUUCCACCAUUACUUUCCAGCGUUGUUGUAUAGUUCCAUGUUGACUGGAAUUACAUUAAAUCAUAUUAUCGACGGUCUCCUAUUGUUGCUUCCUGAGAAAGUGGGAAACAUGGUUUACCACGUCAUACUAGGAACUGUAAUCUCCGGGAUUGUAUACAGUUUUUACUUAUUUUCACCGUUGGCCUAUGGGAUGAAUGGUCCAUCUGCCAUGGACCCUGAAAGUUCUAUGCAUUCCUUGCGAUGGAUGGAUUCCUGGGAAUUUUGAAAAGCGAGAGAUUUAUAAUAGACGUAGCAUAUAUUUUAUAUAUACUUAUUUUACUGUUAUAUUUAUGCUGUUAUAUUUUCAGAAAUAUUCAAAAUAUUACAAAAUUUCCAUGCGUCAGAAAAAAAGCUGUAUGAAAAUGUACAUUCACGGAGUUCAUUGUGAGAUUCUUUAUAUCAGAAAAAAUCAUCUUUUUCUAUUAAAAAUAUUGCGCCCGAAUGUUUUUUAAAUAAAAAAGCAAUUUAAAAGAUAUGAAUGAACGUUCUAGGUUGGACGACUUUGCAAUUACCUGAAUCACAAUUUAAUAUGUGACACAAGUUUUUUCGCCAAAAAUUAUGUAAUAACUAACUUAUUCUUACAAAGAAGAAAAUUCUCUAAUUGAUGUUUGAUAAGUAUUUGAUCUUAUAGUUUAAUAUGACAUU